GUAUAAUUUAACUGAAUUAACUUAAACUGUUAUUGGGUUGCUUAUAAAUAAAAGAAUCAAUUUGUCAAUAUUAUUUAGUUAUUUCUUUUAGGUUAUAUACUUAAUUUAUAUAAUGGCUUGUAAUAUUAAGCUAAAAAAAAUACUUUGGGCAAGGGUUGUGUGGCAAGAAAAUGAAAAUUCCUUUUUUGAAGAUGUGCUUCCUGCAAAUUGGAUCAAUGAAGAAAUGGGUGUUGUUUUUUGGCCUUCUACAAUGUCAGUUCAGAGGGCCAUUUCUGAAAAUAUUGAGGUUGACCAUGAAUCAUGGAGAAAGUUUAAAUGGUUAAAAACAAAAAUUGUAGAUGAAGAUAGACAGUUGUGCAAUGACUUUAAUUUUACAUCUUGCGGUGAGCAAGUAACCACUGAUGAUGAAUUUAGCAAUCAAGUGACCUCAGGAAUCAGCAAAGAUGUCCCUAUUUUACUACCAAAACCUCCUUCCUCCUACAAACUGUCAAUCGACAUCCUCAAAGAAAAUAAAACAGAAACUGUAGCCAUCAUCAAUGACAAUGCUUCAUUUUUAGAUAAAACAGUAAAAGAUCUGACACUACAUUUAGAUGCAACAUCUGAUGAUGAUGAGAUAGUAGAUUUUAUUCGAUUAAAUAAAAAAAGAAAUAUAAACUCUCAAUCACCAAGUCACCAUGCUGGGGCUAAACCAAACAAAAAGUCAAAAAAAGAAAAGCAACAGUUUCCUAUGGAAGAAGAAAGUCAGUCUCAAUCUACAAGUCACCAUGCUGUUACUAAACGCAAAAAAAAGUCAAAAAAAGAAAAGCAACAGUUUCCAUUGGAAGAAGAAAGUCAGUCUCAAUCACCAAGUCACCAUGCUGUGGCUAAACGCGACAUAAUGUCAAAAAAAGAAAAGCAACAGUUUCCUAUGGAAGAAGAAAGUCAGUCUCAAUCUACAAGUCACCAUGCUGUUACUAAACGCAAAAAAAAGUCAAAAAAAGAAAAGCAACAGUUUCCAUUGGAAGAAGAAAGUCAGUCUCAAUCACCAAGUCACUGUACUGUGACUAAAUGUGACAAAAAGUCAAAAAAAGAAAAGCAACCGUUUCCAAUGGAAAAAGGAAAGUAUCAACGCAAGUCGCUUCGGUAUCUUGUUGAAAUUAGAGAUCUUCUUUCAAAAUUAGUAGAGGUUAAGGACCCAGAAAAUAGUAAAUUUCAUAUCGAAAAAAUUAAUAACUCUGACCAACUCGAUGAACUAGAAGAAGUUAUCAAGGAUGAUGUGCAGCGAAAAGCAAUUUUAUCUAAACUGAAGAAUAUUGGUGGUGUGGAUAUGGCAGAUUGUACCAGAAAUAUGUUGGGAAAAUUAUUUUCCGUAAACCUGAUGGCGAAUAUGAACAUUAAAGGGAGUAAACGUAAAGGCAGAGAAAACAAAAUAUCGUUUGAAAACCUUAAGUUAAAGGACGUUAUGUUUGAAGCGUUACAAGACAGGUAUACCGUUAGUAAAAAAGAAUUAUUUAGAGUUGUCGGGAAUAAACUAAAGAAUGCACCAGGAAGAUUGAACCAUUCCAUUGAUAUCUAACAUUUAUAUUAUAUUAUAUGUAUAUAGUUUAUGUUAUAGUAUAUAGUUACUUUUUUUAAAUAAAUAAACAAUAAUAUUAUACAA